AUGAACAUGAAGAUUGAUACGAUGAAGAGUCCCAACGAGAUUCCAGAAGAAUCAAGAAAGAGGAGGCUGGAAGAUCUUGAUGCGGGCAGCUUAAGGUUAAGUACUCCAUCUUGUUACACUAAUUGUGAUGCUGCUGUUUUCGAGAAACCCGAGAACAGUACUUUUGAUUCUGCACUCAACAUAAGAAUCGCUAAGAACAUUAGCGGUUUUCGUUCUUACACUCAUGAAGAAGAGGCCAGAGAGAGAUUUCUCGGAGUGUCGACGAAACUAAAACUUUGGAUCGAUGGAAGUGAGGGCAAUGAUCCAUGGAAAAUCAAGAAAACGCUGAAGCAUAGUGAUUGUGAUCGUCUCUACAGACUCACGCUAUGCAAAGAUAUGGUGCAGAAUCAUAUCAUCAAGGUCUGGGAAGAAGCUGGGAAAGUGGAUGAGAUUGAGAAAGUAGUGAGUGAUGAAGGAGUUGCGGUUAAAGUUUGGGAUUACGAAAGAGAGAGAGAGUAUGAAUUGAAGUUGAAGAAACAGAGUUCCAGCAAGAGUUAUGUAGUUAGUGGAGCAUGGAGAAAAGAGUUUGUGAAAGAGAGGAGACUGAAGAAGGGGGAUAUCAUUGGGCUUUAUUGGAGCACAUCCAAGUCCAGAUUCGUCUUUUCUGUUCUUGCUCGUGCUCCUCCUGUUGCUGUUUCUGAAAGAGGUGGUGAAUAA